AUGGCCGCGAAAACUUUGUAAACGGAAACGUUUAUUUUGAUGACAGGAAGAAAAUUGCAUGCUCCAAUUAUUAUUUUUGAAAAGAGUGAAUCGAACUGAUAUCGAAUAAGCUUUAAUUGUCAAGAAAUUAAAUAAAUGUAGAUGACAAUGACCGAGGAAACCCAACAGUCUGAGACUGCCGCACAAAACGAGGCACAAACUAGUUCUCCAGAUGUCGGAAAAGUUAAAGACAGUAAGAAAGAAAAAUGCCGACCUAUGACAAAGGUAGUAAUACGGAGAUUGCCUCCAAGUAUGACUCAGGAUCAGUUUUUAGAGCAAGUUGCCCCAUUGCCAGAACACGACUAUCUUUGUUUUGUAAAGGCUGACAUGUCUAUGGGACAAUUUGCCUUUUCUCGUGCUUAUAUUAACUUUAUGGAGCAGCAAGACAUUUUUAUGUUCAGAGAGAAAUUUGAUAAUUAUGUGUUCGUUGACUCUAAAGGCACAGAAUAUCCAGCCGUAGUAGAAUUUGCACCUUUCCAAAGGUUACCAAAGAAAAGAGUAGGGAAAAAGGAUUUAAAAUGCGGUGCAAUAGAAUCUGAUCCUUACUACAUAAGUUUUCUAGAAAGCCUUAAAAAUCAAGAGGCUGACUCCAAUGUAGCACAACCAAAAACAGAGUACUCGUAUCAACCACCAGACAACACACCAAAAAAAGUUACAACCACACCACUUUUGGAAUAUUUAAAACAACGCAAACAAGAGAAACAGCGUCUUAGAGAUGAGAAACGCGAGGAGAGACGACGGAGAGAUUUAGAGAGGAGAAGAACAAAAGACGACCCAAUUAUAUCUAAGGUAUUGAAAAAUCCAGAUCUUGAUAAAGAAAUAUGUAAAGAUAAUAAAGAAAACAAAGAGGAUAGGGACAAACUUUCACCUAAAGAUACAAAAAAUCGUAUUAAAAAAGAAGACAAACUACGUGACAAAAUACCGCGAGAUCGAGAUUCCAAACCUAUAACAAAAGGAUAUAGGGAUAGAGUUGAAGACAGAAAUAAAGAUCAACGUGAAAUAAAACAUCAGAGGCGUCACGAUGACAAAAAAGUAUAUGGGAGACGCGAUGAAAGGGAUAAUAUAAAAGAUGAUAGGAGAAAUGAUGGAAAAGAUGACAGAAAAUGUGAUUAUAAAGAAGAUAUUAAAGAUUCUAGAGAAAGAAAGAAUGAGGAAAAACGAGGUAAGAGUUAUGAAAAAAUGAGGCAGGAGAAGAAAAGACUUGCAGAAACAAAAAAGCAAAGUGUAGAAUUCAAUAUGGAUAUUGAGAACAGUACAAAAUUAAGGAGUGCAGAUGAUGAUUCUCAAAGAAAAGAAUUGCAGGUUGAUUCAUAUGAAAAUAUUAAGGAAAGAGAAGAAUCUCUGAGCGAUAAAGAUGAUGCUGAAAAUAGUAAAAGCAGAGAAAGAGAGGAGACCAACGAGAAGCAAGUAUUAGAAGAAAUUGUAAAAGAACCAGAGCAACCGAAAGACCAGAGAAAAAUAGAAAUUCGAUCAACGACCGUGGAAACUAAUAAAAAUACUGGAAAAUCUAAAUCCAAUGAACAUAUCAAUAAAGAGGAAAAUAAUGUAGGUAGUGAUGGAAAGAACGAUUCAAAAGUCACAAAGAGACGUAGUUCACUUGAAAGUGGUGGUGAUGGAGGUAUAGGAGAUGGAAGUUGCUUAAGGCGACACAAAUCAUUAGAUGGAGGCGAUCAAAAUAAUUUACAGAAGGCUGAAAAUGAAGACAAAGAAAAAGAUAAGAAAGAUCCACGAUUAGAGCGUAGAAUUAGAAAUAAGGACCGACCUGCCAUGGAGAUUUAUCGUCCAGGAAUGGGAAAGUUUAGUAAACAACGAUUAGAACGGGAAAAAUCGAGUAACGACGAGCGAGCAUCUCUUUCACAAAGUCCAACGCCAAACCCUAACAGCAACAACUUAUCUAAAUCGGGAAAGCCGGGAACAGAAGUACGUUCUAUGACGUUUAAACGUAGUGUUAGUCGUGAUUUGGUAUAACAGCUACUACAUUUUAUAAACUUCAUUAAAUACUAGCAAUACGUCUAUCAGAAUCUGUGUUAAUAUAAAAGAUUUUUACACUAGUCGUUCUUGUGACAUACAGUAUCAUACAGCGGUAUCCAUUGUACACAAAUGUAUAAUAAAGUACAGUGUCCUACUUACAGUAUAUAAUUGUGAGAUCAAAAAGUGUUCGCAAUAAUCGAUUCUUUACUUUGUGAUGUAAUGAACAUUCAUUUUUCAUUCACUGUACAAUUUUCUGAUGCAUCUUUUACGAUAAUGUCUAACAACUAGUCACAACGGUAUAAUGUACAAAACAAACUGGGGAA